AUGCCAGCAACCUCGGGUCCGAGCAAGUCCGGCAAGAGCACGGCCCUCGUAAGCAUGAUUCUGGAGCAGUAUCGCGGCUGUUUCGAGAGAAUCAUCAUUUUCAGUCCGAGCAUCAACGUCGAUGACAGCUGGAAGCCCGUUAAGAAGUACGUCGAGAAGGUCAUGAAGGAUCAUCAAUCAGCAGCGCAAGAUCACCAAGACGAGCAAGCAGCUGAAAUGAAGCAGCUCUACCAGAUUUUGGUCGUCAUCGAUGAUCACGCAGACUCGCCGGCUCUCCACAAGAAGACCGGAGACGCGGCCUUGGACACUCUAUUCAUCCGCGGAAGACACUUCCAGAUCUUGACCAUUGUCUCCACGCAGAAGCUCCGCCUGAUCAGCAACAACGCGGUCCGCGUCAACUCUCAGUUCUUCAUGUUAGAAAAGGACAGCCUGCUGGAGGAGCUGACAGCUCGCGUGCCGAAGACGGACCUGGAGGCGAUGUAUGAGGCGGCGGUCUCGGAGCCUUAG